AUGGCCCCCAACUUCUUGUUUCUCCUGAAAGAAAGUAAGCGCAUCAUCAAAACUAGGUCUCGUCACUUCAGCAUUCUCUUCCUCAUCUUCCUCUUACCCCUCUCUGUCUUCUUUCAAAUUCUCAUUUUCUAUUCCAACAUCUCUCAAACACAACAACAACAACAAAAACAAAAAACCAUAAACCCCUUGUUUUAUGUCCUCUACUUUGUUUUCGUUUUGGUCUUCUACACAUGUGCCCUAAGCAGCAUCACAUACAGUGUUUACCAUUUCUUCUAUGGUAGACCCGUGAAGCUCUUACCCUCCAUCUUCUCUUCCUUCUUACCCCUCCUUGUCACCAUGUUACUAUCUUUCCCAUGUUCCUUUUCAUUGGCGCUUCUCAUCAUUUUAGGGUUUGGGAUUGUGGAUGUAACGAGUUUAGGGUUCUUUGUUGUGCUUCCUUUGGUGCCUGUGGUUGUGGUGAUGUAUUUGAAAGUUAAUUGGACCUUGGUGCCAGUGAUAGUGGCAGUGGAAUCACGUUGGGGUUUGGAACCCUUUAGGAGGAGUGAGAGAUUGAUGAAGGGAAUGAAAGUGGUGGCACUAUCUCACUUAUUGAUCUCAGGGUUCUGGGUGGGGAUCUUGGUGCGGAUAUGCUCAAAUUUGAUGAAGGGUGUUUAUGGAAUUUGCCAUGGUAGCUGGGCUAAUGGGACAGUAAUUGGUGCAAGUUCUUGUUUGGUUGCUACCUUUUUGCUUAAUGAUAUUGCCGUCAGCACGGUCUUGUACAUAUAUUGUAGGGCUAAUCAUGGGGAGCAGUUCGGGAAAAACUAUGUUCGGUUGAUAUCUCCUGAUGGAGAUGUAGAGAAAGAAAAUUGUGGAAAAAGAAAAUGCAGAUAA